CAUUGGAGACGUCAUAAGAUCCUACUUUAGGGUUGUACAACCCUAACAGCUUCGCCAAACGCCAGGACGCGCUCUCACGCGUCGACCCCCGCCUAACCGUGUUCGGCCAUCGACCUCUGCGCGCAUUCACAUUCCACAAAUCCACAACACAACGCCCUUUGCGGUCGCACGAUGCCGCUGGCAAACCACUGACUACCUCACCUAUCCUCUCUCACCCCUUCCUCCAGCACCCUUUGCCCGCUGGGCGCCCCAUCUCACCAUGGGCAAACUUCUCGCCCUCGAAGUCAACAACUUCAAAUCCUACAAGGGCCAUCAUGUCCUCCACUUCGGCGACAGUUACUUCACCUCCAUCAUCGGCCCUAAUGGCUCGGGCAAGUCCAACUCGAUGGACGCCAUCUCCUUCGUCCUCGGCAUCAAAUCCGCUCAUUUGCGCUCCACACACCUGAAGGACCUCAUCUAUCGCGGUCGCGUGUUGAAGCAUUCCAAAAUCAAUGCCGACGGCACGGCGACGGAUGCCGGGAUCGUCAAUGGUGAUGGACAGACAAACGGCGACGCGGAAGCCGGCGCGUCCGACGGAGAGAUGGAAGUGGAGACCGAGCCGGGCGCGCAGCGCAAUGACCCUCAGACCGCGUGGGUUAUGGCCAUCUACGAGGAUGACGCUGGCGAGGAGCAACGCUGGAAACGCAGCAUUUCCUCCUCCGGUGCGAGUGAAUAUCGUAUCAACAACCGCGUCGUCUCCGCCAAGCAGUACAACGAAGCCCUCGAGGCCGAGAACAUCCUCAUUCGCGCGCGCAACUUCCUCGUCUUCCAGGGUGAUAUCGAGAGCAUCGCCCAGCAGAACCCCACCGACAUCACACGCCUGAUAGAGCAAAUCAGUGGCUCGCUGGAAUACAAAGCGGAGUAUGACCGUCUGAAGGCGGAGAAAGAGAGCGCGGACAAGGAGCAGCAGCAUCGUCUUCAGCAGCGGAGAGGGAUCAACGGCGAGAUCCGUAACUUCCAAACGCAGAAGGAAGAGCUCGAGAAGUACGAGCGGACGCGUGACGAGAAAGAUGAAGCCAUUGUGACGCACGUGUUGUGGAAGCUCUUCCACUUCCAGCGUACAAUUGAAGACAGCACUGCGGAAAUCCAAAAGCAUCAAGAGGAGCUGAAGGAAUUCCGACGCAACGUCAAGAAGUUUGAAGACAAGUUGGAUGAGGCCAAGAGAGAAAACGCGAAGGUCGGCAGGGAUGUGAGCAAGAUUGAGCGCGAAAUCAAGCGGAAGGAGAAGGCAUCAGAGGAAAAGGAGAACUCAUUGCUCCCCGUCGAUGAGAAGCUUGCCAUUUCGAACAAGAAUCUCGCCACCUACCAGAAGCAGAUUGCGGAGCGGACUGCAGAGAAGGAUUCUCAGCAAGCGACGGCCAAGAAGCUCCAGAAGGACCUCGAUACCGUACAGAAGGCGCAGCAGAGAUGGGACGACGACUGGCGCGCUCAACAACAGCAGGCUGGACGUGAGCUGAGUGAAGCCGACCUGCAGGAGUACCAGCGCCUACGCGGUGAGGUGUACAAGCGGUCCGGAAACGACCAGAACAAGGUCGACAACAUCACUCGACAGCUGAAGACCGACGAGGAGACGGUCAACAGCCUAAAGUCCAAGCUCGAUAGCACACAAUCACAAGUUUCAGCGCUAGAGACAGAAACCGCAGGACUCUCAGAACGACGCGAGGAUCUUCGUCGUACUGCAAGCUCGACACAGAAAGAGAUUGACACGAAGAAGACGGCAAUCAACAAGCUCACCUCUGAGCGUACUCGCCACCGCCAGAAACACACCGAGGCCGAUGAGAAACUCCGCCAGGUGCUGCUGAAACUCGAUGAGGCUACCACGUUCCAACGUGAGUCCCACAAGGAAGCGGCCCAGCGCGAAAUGGUGGCGCAGAUGAAGCGCAUCUUCCCCGGCGUCAAGGGCAUGGUGCAUCAGCUAUGCAAGCCGAAGCAGAAGAAGUACGAGACCGCCGUGGCCACCGCGCUCGGCCGACACUGGGAUUCGGUGAUUGUCGACUCGGAGAAGACGGCAAAGGAGUGCAUGCAGUAUCUCAAGGAGCAGCGAGCCGGGCUGAUGACCUUCCUCCCGCUGGACACCAUCAUCCACUCUACUGGCCACACGGCCAAUCUUAGGGGGAUGAUGCAGCAGGGAAUGCGACUUGCCAUCGAUACCAUCGACUAUGACACUAGCUACGAAAGAGCGAUGAGCUGUGCCUGCGGCAAUGCUAUUGUGACGGACACGCUGAAGCUUGCACGUUACUUGUGCUACGACAAAAAAGUGGACGCCAAGGCUGUUGUGCUCGACGGUACUAUCAUUCACAAAGGAGGCAACAUGACUGGUGGAGAAGGAGUCGGAGAAAAGAAGCGUCGGUUCGAGGAGACGGAAGUCGAGAACCUCCGCCUCCUGGCCAAUAAGUUCCGAGCAGAGAUCGAAGCGCUUCCUCGAGGUCACGAGAGCGUGACGGAAGAGGAGAGAUUGUCGAGUGAGCUCAACGGUCUGGAGGCCAAGAUCAAAUUCGUUCAAGACGAAAUCAAGGCCGUCGAGAAGAAUCUGGACAGCAAGAAUCGCGAGCUCGAAUUUGCCAAGGGCCAGUUGAAAGACGUCAGGCCGAAGUAUGAAGAGCACGCUCGAGGCGUGGAGGGCCUGAGGAGCGAGCUGGAGCAGUUCACGGCUACCAUCGAAGAGGUCGAAGAUGAGGUCUUCGCGCCGUUCUGUCAACGAUUGGGGUACAGCGACAUUCGUGACUAUGAACAGCAACAGGGCUCGCGACAAGAAGAAGCAAAUCAGAAGAAGGUCGAAUUCACACGGCAGAUCUCACGCUUGCAAAAUUCGCUCGCAUUCGAGACGCAGCGGGUGAAGAGCACGAACGAGCGUAUCGCAAAGAUCGAGGCACAAAUGGAGCGCGACCGUCAGAACAUCGAGCAGCUGGAGGCGGAGAGGGAAGAGCUCAGCGGCGAGCUUGACGAGCUUAAUGCCGAGAUCGAACAACUUAACUCACAGCUGGAGGAAAUCCGCACCCAGCACGAGGAAAGCGGACGGAAGGUCACGGAGGCGAGAAGCGAGGUACAGAAAAAGAGCAAGUCUGUCGAAAAGACUCUCAAAGCCGUUGCGGAGCUCGAAGCCACCGUGCAGACGGCCAACUCGAACCGAUACGCGGCGCUGCGCCAGUGCAAGGUUGAGAAUAUCAACGUGCCGCUGGAGGCUGACAGUGGCAGCAUCGACAAGCUUCCGGUUGAAGAUGCCAUUCUGGAGGAGGGCGGAGACGCAAUGGACGUCGACGGCGAGGAGGGCACGAUCCGAACUCCGCAGUUCAAUUCCUAUGGCAUCAAUAUUGACUUCAGCGACUUCGACGACGACCUGAAAGAAGACUCGAGCUCUGAUUGCGAAGGCCAAUUGCUCGAGACCAUUGCCAACCUCACAUCAGACUUGGAGAAGAUGGCACCCAACAUGCGCAGCGCAGAGCGUCUCGAAGCGACGUCCGAACGCCUCAAAGCAACCGAGCGGGAAUUCAACGACUCUCGCAAGGCAGCCAAGCUGGCCACGACAGCCUUUGAGAACGUAAAGGAGAAGCGCAGCGAGAUUUUCAAGCGCGCCUUCGACCACAUCUCCGAGCACAUUGCCGAAGUCUACCGCGAACUCACCAAAACCAAGUCCUUCCCUACCGGCGGCGCCGCCUCGCUUAGUGUGGAGGAAGAGGACGAGCCGUACAACGCCGGCAUCCGCUACCACGCCAUGCCGCCGCUCAAGCGCUUCCGCGACAUGGAGCACCUUUCCGGCGGCGAGAAGACGAUGGCGGCGCUGGCGCUCCUCUUCGCCGUGCACACUUACGCCCCGAGUCCGUUCUUCGUGCUGGACGAGGUGGACGCCGCGCUGGACAAUGCGAAUACGGCGCAGCUGGCGCAGUAUGUGCGCGAGCACGCCGGGCCGGGCAUGCAGUUUGUGGUGAUUAGCUUGAAGACGGGCUUGUUUCAGGAGUCGGAGACGCUGGUGGGCGUUAUGCGGGAUCAGGGGGUGAAUAGUUCACGGGUGUUGACGUUGGAUUUGAGGAAGUAUCAGGCUGUUGCUUAGGAUGGCUGGCCGCCGUGACGAGGCUAGGCGUUCAGGAGAGGCUUACAGACGAGAUGUCCCCAUGUGUUUACAGUUUGUGCUCGGCCUAUUGCCUUUUAUCAUGUCGUACGCCAGCGAAGUACAGUAGACAUGCUGUUGCUGCGCAUUUCCAACCACAAAUCACGUGCCAGAUCACGUGUCCCACAU